AUGAAGGUUCUGGUGCUGGCUGCAGUAUGUGGGCUGAUCGUGGGUCAGGAUGCAAGAAGUCUGGAAACAUCUGGUGGAGGAUUCGACUCUGCAAACCAAGCACGAGAAACAGAAGCUACCAUGUCUGUCAGAAGGUCAUCAGCAGACGUCCAGGCAGCAGAUAAAGCCAACCUGUGUUUCUCUGCCAAAGACGACGAACAGAUCAUGUGUAACGACCGCAGGAGCAAAUUCAAUUUCAACCCCUUCGGGCUCCGCUUUGGGAAACGAUACAACAGCUACGUGUACCGGCGGGCUGUGACCCGGGCCACCCUGGACAAGUUUUCACCUCUGUCUGUGUUCCUGCGAGAGCUGAAACCUGAUCAUUUUUCUUGACU